GAAAUUAUUUAGGCCUCUGAGCGUCGCUGUUGACCACCUAAGGAGUAAAAGGCAGCGAGACAUCCAAUCCAGCAAUACGGCUCCCACAGCACAAGGGGCUGGAGGUUUGGCCCUAAAGCUUCAGGACACCAAAGAAAUUCAGUCGAACAGCCCACCAGUUCUCUCCAUAAGGACCUGGGUCCCCUGAAUGCUGGUCAUCUCACACCUUGAGGAAUAAAGAUUGGAAUCCGCACUGGAUGCUGGAAGUUGACUCGGAGAAAACUGCGACAGGAGGGAAAUGGCGGCUCUGCAAAAGUUGCCACACUGCAGAAAGCUGGUCCUGCUGUGCUUCCUUUUGGCGACCCUGUGGGAGGCCAGGGCUGGACAGAUUCGCUAUUCUGUGCGGGAAGAGAUCGACAGAGGCUCCUUCGUAGGCAACAUCGCCAAGGACUUGGGUUUGGAGCCCCUGGCACUGGCAGAGCAGGGAGUCCGCAUCGUCUCCAGAGGUAGGACCCAGCUCUUUGCUCUGAACCCGCGAAGCGGCAGCUUGGUCACUGCGAACAGGAUAGAUCGGGAGGAGCUCUGCGCUCAGAGCGCACCCUGUCUGUUGAAUUUUAACAUUCUGCUGGAGGAUAAAUUGACUAUUUAUUCAGUAGAGGUGGAAAUAACAGAUAUUAACGAUAAUGCCCCUCGCUUUGGAGUAGAGGAACUGGAGCUAAAAAUCAGUGAAACCACUACGCCAGGAUUCCGUAUUCCUCUUAAGAAUGCGCAUGAUGCAGACGUAGGUGAGAACGCCCUUCAGAAGUACGCACUCAACACAAAUGACCACUUCUCCCUGGACGUGCGAAGCGGAGCUGAUGGGAACAAGUACCCAGAACUGGUGCUGGAGCGCGCUCUGGACCGCGAGGACGAGGCUGUUCACCACCUCGUUCUCGUGGCUUCUGAUGGGGGUGACCCAGUGCUAUCUGGCACCUCCCGCAUCUGCGUGAAGGUCCUGGAUGCGAACGACAACGCGCCUGUUUUUACACAGCCCGAGUAUCGCAUAAGCGUUCCGGAGAAUACGCCCGUGGGCACCCGGAUACUCACGGUGACCGCCACUGACGCAGAUGAGGGCUACAACGCUCAAGUGGCAUAUUUUCUAGAGAAAAGCCCUGGAGAAACCUCAGAGAUAUUUGAGCUUAAGUCAACAUCUGGAGAUCUGACAAUCAUAGAAGAUCUAGAUUAUGAGGAUGCUACAUUGCAUGAAAUUGAUAUUGAAGCUCAGGAUGGUCCGGGCCUUCUAACCAGAACGAAGGUUAUCGUCACGGUUCUGGACGUGAAUGACAAUGCCCCAGAAUUUUACAUGACAUCUGCUACUAGCUCAGUUUCUGAAGACUCUCCUCCAGGAACCAUAAUUGGGCUUUUUAAUGUACAUGAUAGAGACUCUGGGCAGAACGCAUUCACCACCUGUUCACUCCCCGAGAAUCUUCCUUUUAAGUUAGAAAAGUCAAUAGACAAUUACUACCGACUGGUUACAACCAGAGCCCUUGACAGGGAACAGUUUUCCUUUUACAACAUCACUCUAACAGCUAAAGAUGGAGGGAACCCCUCCCUGUCCACGGAUGCUCACAUUUUGCUCCAGGUGGCAGACAUCAACGACAACGCACCCGCCUUCUCCCGCACAUCCUACUCCACCUAUAUUCCCGAAAACAACCCCAGAGGAGCCUCUGUCUUCUCAGUGACGGCCCAUGACCCCGACAGCAACGACAAUGCUCAUGUAACUUACUCUUUCGCGGAGGACACUGUUCAGGGGGCACCUUUAUCCUCUUACAUCUCUAUCAACUCCGACACUGGAGUACUCUAUGCACUGCGCUCCUUUGAUUACGAGCAGUUGCGAGACUUGCAACUGUGGGUGAUAGCGCGGGACAGCGGGAACCCUCCACUCAGUAGCAAUGUAUCAUUAAGCCUGUUCGUGCUGGACCAGAACGACAAUCCGCCCGAGAUCCUGUACCCUGCCUUCCCCACAGACGGUUCCACUGGCGUGGAGCUGGCGCCCCGCUCCGCAGAGCCUGGCUACCUGGUGACCAAGGUGGUGGCGGUGGACAGAGACUCGGGCCAGAACGCCUGGCUGUCCUACCACCUGAUCAAGGCCAGCGAGCCGGGACUCUUCUCGGUGGGUCUGCACACGGGCGAGGUGCGCACGGCGCGAGCCCUGCUAGACAGAGACGCGCUCAAGCAGAGCCUCGUGGUGGCUGUCCAGGACCACGGCCAGCCCCCUCUCUCCGCCACUGUCACGCUCACCGUGGCCGUGGCCGACAGGAUCCCCGACAUCCUGGCCGACCUGGGCAGCCUCGAGCCCUCCGCCAAACCCAAUGAUUCGGACCUCACUCUGUACCUGGUGGUGGCGGUGGCCGCUGUCUCCUGCGUCUUCCUGGCUUUCGUCAUCGUGCUGCUGGCGCACAGGCUGCGGCGCUGGCACAAGUCACGCCUGCUACAGGCUUCGGGAGGCGGCUUGGCGAGUACGCCCGGUUCGCACUUUGUGGGCGUGGACGGGGUUCGGGCUUUCCUGCAGACCUAUUCCCACGAGGUCUCCCUCACUGCGGACUCGCGGAAGAGUCACCUGAUCUUCCCCCAGCCCAACUAUGCGGACACGCUCAUCAGCCAGGAGAGCUGUGAGAAAAAGGAUUUUUUAUCAGCACCUCAAUCUCUACUCGAAGAAGAAAGAGAAGAAACGUUUUCUCAGACUUCGUUUCUUGAGAAAAUAAGAUUGGAGUCCGUCUUGGGAAACUGGAACCGAAUUCAGAGAAAGCGAUUCACCGAAAAGGAAAUGACCAAUUGCCUGAGUUUCCGAAAUGGCAGAGGACUGGCCCUGCUGUGCGUGCUCCUGGGGACGCUGUGCGAAACAGGAUCCGGUCAGAUCCGCUACUGGGUGUCUGAGGAGCUAAAUAAAGGUUCCUUCGUGGGCAACAUCGCUAACGACCUGGGGCUAGAGCCCCGGGAGCUGGCGGAGCGCGGAGUCCGCAUCGUCUCCAGAGGUAGGACGCAGCUUUUCUCUCUGAAUCCGCGAAGUGGCAGCUUGGUCACCGCGGAGAGGAUAGACCGGGAGGAGCUCUGCGCUCAGAUCCCGCUGUGUCUGGUAAAAUUUAACAUCCUGGUUGAGGAUAAAUUGAAAAUUUUUGAAGUAGAAAUAGAAAUUAAAGAUAUUAAUGAUAAUGCUCCUAAUUUCCCAACAGAGGAAUUGGAAAUAAAAAUUGGUGAACUAACGGUUCCUGGAACUCGAUUUCCACUUAAAACUGCUUUUGACCCAGAUGUAGGCAUGAACUCCCUGCAGAACUACAAGCUUAGCCCCAAUGACUACUUCUCCCUGGCUGUGAAUAGCGUCUCUGAGGGGGCCAAGUAUCCAGAGCUGGUGCUGGAGCGGGCCUUGGACCGUGAGAAAAAAGAAAUUCACCAGCUUGUCCUGGUUGCCUCUGAUGGUGGCGACCCUGUCCACUCUGGCAACUUGCAUAUCCGAGUGAUAGUCCUGGAUGCAAAUGACAACCCACCAAUGUUUACUCAGCCCGAGUACCGUGUAAGUGUUUGGGAGAACGUGCCUGUGGGUACCCAGCUGCUCAUGGUGAAUGCCACUGACCCUGAUGAGGGAUUCAACGCUCAAGUGUCUUAUAUUCUAGAUAAAAUACCUGGGAAAAUCGCUGAGAUUUUCCAUCUUAACUCAGUGAGUGGAGAAUUAUCAAUAUUAAAAAGUCUAGAUUAUGAGGAUGCCAUGUUCUAUGAAAUUAAAAUUGAAGCACAGGAUGGACCAGGUCUUCUUUCAAGAGCCAAGAUUCUAGUCACGGUUCUGGAUGUGAAUGACAAUGCUCCAGAAAUUACAAUCACGUCUCUCACAGGCUCAGUCCCAGAAGAGGGCAACGUUGGAAGAGAAAUUGCUCUUGUCGACGUGCAUGACCGAGAUUCUGGGCAGAAUGGGCAGGUUGAAGUUUUUGUCCUGGGAAAUCUGCCAUUUAAGUUAGAAAAAUCAAUAGAUCAAUAUUACCGCUUAGUGACUGCCACAUCCCUGGACCGCGAACAAAUAUCAGAAUAUAACAUUAGUCUGAGAGCCUCAGAUGCGGGAAGCCCGCCACUGUCCACAGAAACUCACAUCACCUUGCAUGUGAUUGACAUCAAUGACAACCCACCCACCUUCCCUCAUUUAUCCUACUCCGCCUACAUUCCAGAAAACAACCCCAGAGGAGCCUCCAUCUUCUCAGUGACUGCCCAGGACCCAGAUAGCAACAACAACGCCCGCAUCACUUAUGCAUUGACCGAGGACACCCUCCAGGGGGCACCCCUGUCCUCCUACGUCUCCAUCAACUCCAACACUGGCAUCCUAUACGCCCUGCGAUCCUUCGACUACGAGCAAUUUAGAGACUUGAAGCUACUGGUGACAGCCAGCGACAGCGGGAACCCUCCACUCAGCAGCAACGUGUCGCUGAACCUGUUCGUGCUGGAUCAGAACGACAACGCGCCCGAGAUCCUGUACCCCGCCCUCCCCACAGACGGUUCCACUGGCGUGGAGCUGGCGCCCCGCUCCGCAGAGCCUGGCUACCUGGUGACCAAGGUGGUGGCGGUGGACAGAGACUCGGGCCAGAACGCCUGGCUGUCCUACCGCCUGCUCAAGGCCAGCGAGCCGGGACUCUUCUCGGUAGGUCUGCACACGGGCGAGGUGCGCACGGCGCGAGCCCUGCUGGACAGAGACGCGCUCAAGCAGAGUCUCGUGGUGGCCGUCCAGGACCACGGCCAGCCCCCUCUCUCCGCCACUGUCACGCUCACCGUGGCCGUGGCCGACAGGAUCCCCGACAUCCUGGCCGACCUGGGCAGCUUCGAGCCCUCCGCCAAACCCGAUUCGGACCUCACUCUGUACCUGGUGGUGGCGGUGGCCGCUGUCUCCUGCGUCUUCCUGGCUUUCGUCAUCGUGCUGCUGGCGCACAGGCUGCGGCGCUGGCACAAGUCACGCCUGCUACAGGUUUCGGGAGGCGGCUUGGCGAGUAUGCCCGGUUCGCACUUUGUGGGCGUGGACGGGGUUCGGGCUUUCCUGCAGACCUAUUCCCACGAGGUCUCCCUCACUGCGGACUCGCGGAAGAGCCACCUGAUUUUCCCCCAGCCCAACUAUGCGGACACGCUCAUCAGCCAGGAGAGCUGUGAGAAAAGCGAGCCUGUUCUGAUAACUCAGGAUUUACUUGAAAUGAAAGGAGAUUCCAACCUACUUCAGCAAGCCCCGCCCAACACGGACUGGCGUUUCUCUCAGGCCCAGAGACCCGGCACCAGCGGCUCCCAAAAUGGCGAUGACACCGGCACCUGGCCCAACAACCAGUUUGACACAGAGAUGCUGCAAGCCAUGAUCUUGGCCUCUGCCAGUGAAGCUGCUGAUGGGAGCUCCACCCUGGGAGGGGGUGCCGGCACCAUGGGAUUAAGCGCCCGCUACGGACCCCAGUUCACCCUGCAGCAUGUGCCCGACUACCGCCAGAAUGUCUACAUCCCAGGCAGCAAUGCCACACUGACCAACAACGCAGCUGGCAAGCGGGAUGGCAAGGCCCCAGCAGGUGGCAAUGGCAACAAGAAGAAGUCGGGCAAGAAGGAGAAGAAGUAACAUGGAGGCCAGGCCAACAGCCACAGGACAGCCUCCCCCCAACCAGCCCAGCAUCUCCUUACCUGUACCCAGGCCUCAGAGUUUCAGGGCUAACCCCCAGAAUACUGGUAGGGGCCAAGGCCAUGCUCCCCUUGGGAAACAGAAACAAGUGCCCAGUCAACACCCACCCCCUUCCCCCCGCCAGGGGGUUGAAUAUGCAAAGGGAGUUCUGCUGGGAACCCCCAUCCAAUCAAUUGCUGUACCCAUGGGGGUAGUGGGGUUAGUGUAGACACCAAGAACCAUUUGCCACACCCCACUUAGUUACAGCUGAACUCCUCCAUUUUCCAAAUCAAUCAGGCCCAUCCAUCCCUAUGCCUCCCUCCUCCCCACCCCACUCCAACAGUUCCUCUUUCCUGAGUAAGGUGGUUGGGGUGUUGAAGUACGAGGUAACCUACAAGGCUCCUAGUUCUGAGAAGCUGGAAGGGCAUCAUGACCUCUUGGCCUCUCCUUUGAUUCUCAGUCUUCCCCCAAAGCAUGGUUUGGUGCCAGCCCCUUCACCUCCUUCCAGAGCCUGAGAUCAAUGCUCAAGUUUUGGAGGACAUGAUCACCAUCCCCAUGGUACUGACGCUUGCUGGAUUUAGGGAGGGCAUUUUGCUACCAAGCCUCUUCCCAAUGCCCUGGGGACAAGUCUUGUUUUGUUUUUCAUUGUUUGAUGUUUCCACUGCAUGCUGUGACUUCCCCCACCUCCUCCUCAAACAAGAGACUCCACUGCAUGUUCCAAGACGUAUGGGAUGGUAAGAUAAAGAAGGGAAGUGUGUGGAUGUGGAUGGUGGGGGCAUGGACAAAGCUUGACACAUCAAGUUAUCAAGGCCUUGGAGGUGGCUCUGUAUGUCCUCAGGGGACUGACAACAUCCUCCAGAUUCCAGCCAUAAACCAAUAACUAGGCUGGACCCUUCCCACUACAUAAUAGGGCUCAGCCCAGGCAGCCAGCUUUGGGCUGAGCUAACAGGACCAAUGGAUUAAACUGGCAUUUCAGUCCAAGGAAGCUCGAAGCAGGUUUAGGACCAGGUCCCCUUGAGAGGUCAGAGGGGCCUCUGUGGGUGCUGGGUACUCCAGAGGUGCCACUGGUGGAAGUGUCAGUGGAGCCCCAGCAGGAAGGGCGGGCCAGCCAGGCCAUUCUUAGUCCCUGGGUUGGGGAGGCAGGGAGCUAGGGCAGGGACCAAAUCAACAAAGUCUCAGCCCAGGAUGGGGCUUCUUCAACAGGGCCCCUGCCCUCCUGAAGCCUCAGUCCUUCACCUUGCCAGGUGCCGUUUCUAUUCCGUGAAGGCCACUGCCCAGGUCCCCAGUGCGCCCCCUAGUGGCCAUAGCCUGGUUAAAGUUCCCCAGUGCCUCCUUGUGCAUAGACCUUCUUCUCCCACCCCCUUCUGCCCCUGGGUCCCCGGCCAUCCAGCGGGGCUGCCAGAGAACCCCAGACCUGCCCUUACAGUAGUGUAGCGCCCCUCCCUCUUUCGGCUGGUGUAGAAUAGCCAGUAGUGUAGUGCGGUGUGCUUUUACGUGAUGGCGGGUGGGCAGCGGGCGGCGGGCUCCGCGCAGCCGUCUGUCCUUAAUCUGCCCGCGGCGGCCCGUGUUGUGUUUUGUGCUGUGUCCACGCGCUAAGGCGACCCCCUCCCGCGUACUGACUUCUCCUAUAAGCGCUUCUCUUCGCAUAGUCACGUAGCUCCCACCCCACCCUCUUCCUGUGUCUCACGCAAGUUUUAUACUCUAAUAUUUAUAUGGCUUUUUUCUUCGACAAAAAAAUAAUAAAAAGGUUUCUUCUGAAA